AUGCGUCGCCGCGGGUCGUGCAUGUACUAUGCCGACGCGGGCCUCCUCGCCGUCGGCAACCUCAUCACGAUCGACGACUGGAUCCUCGACCGCGACCGCAGCCACUGCAGCGUGUGCGUCCAGCAGUUUCACGCGUUCAAACGGCGCCACCACUGCCGGACGUGCGGCGAGGUCAUUUGCAGUCGCUGUUCCAAGCACCGUAAGCUGCGCCUCGUCGAACUCAACGUCGACCUCACGGCGCGCAUCUGUGCCAUCUGCGUCACAGCGGCGACGCUUGCAGCACGCGACGUGUCGGCCGCGCCGUUGCGCCCGACGCUCCUCGAGACGCCGUCGUCGCCCGUGUUUGCUGUGCCCGUGCUGCCGUGGGACGACGCCAACUUGGCCACGUGGCGCCUCGAGGUCGCGCGCCAAGCCGACACGCUCCAACCGGAUCAAGACGACACGCUCAAGCUGCUCGUGCACCUCGUCGCGACGUCGCUGCGCUGCCCGAUCGUCUUUUUAGGGCUCUUGGACCCGAGCGGCCUCCACAUCCAAGCCAGCCUCGGCCUCGACCCGUCCACCGACAGCCUCGUCCAGUUUUGUGCGCCAGUGUGGCGCCACAAUGCGACGCUCGUGCUCUCCGAGACGGACGAUGCGAUGCUGCGCGACCAAGGCCUGCGGUACUUUGCCGGCACGCCGAUCGUCGUCGAAGGCCUCGUGCUCGGCGCACUCGUCGCCAUGGACAUGGAGCCCCAUGGCAGUACCAACCUGAGCCAGCGGAAUACGCUCGAGUCGGUCGCGCGGAUCGCCGCCGAAGUCCUCGAGCAGCGCGCCAAGGUAGACGACAGUCCAUCCCACUCUCUCGCUCCUUUCUGA